UGCUUGCGAAGCACCUGUAAUGUAAACAAACACAAAUUGUAAAUCGCUGUUUUGCUCCGUAAAGUUUGGGUGUUUCUUGUGAUGUGCGUGUUGUUUCACACAACCGAUUAUGAAUUCCUUAAAGUGUCGGUUCUGCCUUGAGCUACAUUACCCUGAGGCCGGAAGCUUUUCUUUACUGAAUGUACCAUUCAGUACCGCUAUCAAGCGUGUAUUUUCAUUUGAGAUCAAGUCGGAGCAACAUUUAUCUGAACAUGUGUGUAAAAUAUGUUCCGCGAUGGUGUGGCAAUUCUACACGUACAGUAUAAUGGUGGAAGAUAAUCAACACAAACUGGAACAAGAAUUCACGUUGCUGAAUGCAGAGACUCCACGCAAUCUCGUCGAAGAUUACCGAAUAGAAAACCAGGCGCAUGUUGCCAUUAAAAGCGAAUCAUUGGAUUCGAGUACUAUUCAUACCGAUUUACCUUCGAGCUCCAGUAAUGUUGUUAAUAGUGCACCGAUUAACGAAAGUGCUUCUUCUGUUAAUAUUAAAGUUGAACCACAGGAUGAAGAAAGCAAGCCGGACGAAAUGGUUGUAAAUAGUGAAAAAACUGCUGAAGAUAAAAUACAGCCGGUUUUAGGAAAAGCACUUGCUGAUAAUGUUAAGCUGGAAGAAUACGUUAUUACAACAUACGUGGAAGGAAGUAAUGCAAGUAUUGCAGAAACGGUUGCCCUGGAACAACAGACAGACGAUGAUAGCACCAGCAACGUGAUAGCGAAUGAUCAACCACAUCACGAGUCAGAUGAAACCGAUUUAUCAUCCGCCAGCAGUUCGCAAAGUAACGCACACGAUCAGCCUCUCACCCAACCACCCAACACUGCCUUGAUCUUGUGCGAUCAAUGUGAACGUCCGUUUUUCAACAGGAGGCAGCUGAGAAAUCAUCAGCGUGUGCACAAAUUUAGCGAAUGUCCGAUCUGCAAAAAGAUGAUAAAGGGUGACUUUAUAACGCAGCAUCUUGCCGCCCAUGAAGGUGCAUUCCGGUGCGACAUAUGUGACGCAUCGUUCGGCUGUACUGCCAACUUGCGAAUGCACAAAGAUAUGAAACAUGCGGCCGAUGCGCAACCGGGAGACGAGACGUUUCCCUGCGAGGUGUGCGAACGAACGUUUCGCAACAAAACACAACUGUCCCUUCACCGGAAGCAGCACAAAACGAAACAGUGCCCGAUUUGCAUGAAACACGUUAGAAGUAUGCACUUUCAAACGCACAUUUCCAUUCACCAGGGUGCAUUCUAUUGUGAUCUGUGCGAGAGAGCAUUUUCAUCGCGCAAGAAUUUGACAAAACAUAAGAAUGUAAAACAUAGCAGUUUGGUGCCGGUUACGAUUUCGUGUGAUCAGUGUGAACUUACCUUUCCCAAUCAAACAAAGUUGUCCGCUCAUCGAAAGGGACACCAGCGGAAACAGUGUCCUAUAUGUAAGAAAGCGUUUCGGCCUAAUAAGAUAAAGGAACAUCUAGCUUCACAUGAUGGUGCAUUCCGUUGUGGUAGCUGUGGGAAAACGUUUUCCACUAAAUACAGCCUAAAGAAACACAAUCGUACGUCCAAUCAUUGUGGAACUGGAAAGAGCGGCAAUGCAUCAGAGAAUGAAUUGGCAGCAUCAGUGCAAUAAAUGAACGCUUUGUUUAAUAGGACGCUGCAAGCAUUCUGUUGUUUUGUUUUGUUACAAAAGCAUCCAGUUGUUGGUUCUGCUCUUUACCGAAAUGUAUUUCCAACCUUGGGUACAAGCGGAUAGUCUGUCCGACACGUAUAGGUCCUUCGAAUGCAUUCAGAAUCGUCUCACAACGUAUAUGUUGCAAUAUCUUUUCUUUGCAGAGUUUUCCUUUGACGAAUAAAACUUAAUUACCGUCGUAGGUACUUCAACGGUACUUUUAAGAUUUAUUCGAAUAAUUUAGUUUCGAUUCCCCGCGCUCUAUAUUCGAACUGUCAAGUGUUGCGUUUACAGCCACCCUAGUUGAGCGCUUGACAAUCGACGCCAUUUUCCAAUUUGCCAUUUUUAUAAACAAAGUGCUUGUAGACGGA